GAAAAAAUGGAAUUUCCGUUACGUCAAAAUUAAAUAUGGCGAAAUGAGUGUCAGAAGAAAAUAAUGUCAGGUCGCCCUCCAAAUGAUAGGGCUCCAUCUGGCAACCCUCAUGACGCAAAUUCUCCAUAUAAAAGGACUAGACCACAAAGUCCUUCCCAAGCACAGAGGCCUGGUGGCUACCCGUACCCAACAGACCCCCAGGGACAUACAAGAUAUGGACUAGCUGCCACCACACCUGGUUAUCCCAUGUACAGAGAGACAUACCAAAAUAGAGAAGCAGAAUUUUACACUGCCAGACGUCGUCCCCAGUUACUUACAGAUUUCCAUGGACAUGCAGCUAACAUAGACAGAUACAGAAGUGGAGAAUCAUUUCAACCCUACAGACAGGAGGCUAUGGGAAAUCUACAGACUACAGGUCCAGGGGAGCCUGGACCUAGUACCAGUCAGGUUCAACAAACUCCACCAAAAAGACCCAGAUUACAAGUUGAUAGAGAUUUACAACCACUUCAUAUUGAAGUGAAAAAGGAACAGACCUUAUACAACCCACAAGUAGAGGCAAUUUCUCCAACACCUGAUGAGAGCAGUAGUCGUACUACUAAAGAUGAACUGUUACAAGCCAUCAGUAAAACUGAUAGAGAGAUCAGUAAACAUGAACAACAAAUACAAAAAUUACAGAAAAAACAUAGACAGCUGGAACAGGAAACAUCCAAGCCACCAGUAGACAAAACAGAAACACCACAGAUCUCCAACACUGAAGUCAAACACCAAAGUUUAGCACAAAUUAUUUAUGCUGAAAAUAGGAAAAAGGCAGAGGAAGCACACAACAUGUUGGCAACACUUGGUCCUAAAAUAGAAUUGCCUCUUUACAACCAGCCAUCAGAUACACAGGUCUAUAAAGAUAAUAUUGCAAACCAUCAAGUCUUCAAAAAGAGGUUGAUUUUACACCUAAAGAAAAGAAACCAGGCCAGACGUAUCAGGGAGAGAUAUUUAACAGAAAGAUAUGAUCAGCUGAUGCAGGUCUGGAUAAAAAAGAUAGAAAGAAUAGAAAACCAUGCAAAAAGGAGAGCCAAGGAUGCCAGAAUGAGAGAAUUUUUUGAGAAAUGUUUCCCUGAAAUCAAGAAAUCAAGAGAAGACAAGGAAAGACUUUCAAGUAGGGCUGGCACUAGGAGUGGUAACGUAGCAGGUUAUGCCAGGAGUGAAGCAGAACUAGAACAAAUCAUGGAUGGUCUUCAUGAACAGGAGGAGGAAGAUAGAAAAAUGAGAAGUUUAGCAGUAAUACCCCCAAUGAUGUUAGAUGCUCGACAGCGAUCACUACGUUACUACAACAACAAUGGACUUGUCGAGGACCCUAUGUCCGAAUGGAAGGACAGGAAAUUAAUCAAUAUAUGGACCCCAGAAGAGAAACGCAUCUUUAAAGAACGCUAUUUACAACAUCCUAAAAACUUCCCUGCAAUUGCUUCAUACCUAGAAAAAAAGAGUGUAUCUAACUGCAUUGAAUUCUAUUACCAAACUAAAAAGGAUGAAAAUUACAAAACACUAUUAAGAAAACAAACUGCAAUCAAAAGGAAAAAAGCAUUUUCUAAGCCCAACAGUUCAGCCAUGAGACAAGAGGAACAACAGAUAAAGGAAGAAAAAAUAGAAGAUACUGCACAACAAGAAGAAGGUGUUCCUGCCUCAUCAACAGAGGUUCCCAUGGAAAUGUCAGGAGAUGUUGUGAAGGAAGAGAAGGCAGAGGAAUCAUCUGAUGAUAAUGAGGCUGUCCCAGUACAAGUUGGAGAAGGAGAUGGUGGCCCACAUCAGUGUGUUGUGUGUAAGAUGCAAUUAGAGAACUAUAGUUACAGUAGGGCCCUGACCAUAGGUAACUGUGAACUGUAUGGUAUGAGUGAGAGUGAUCUAAAACCAGACAUGAGGGUCUGUAGUAGCUGUCGUUGUAAAUCAGUCAGAAGGAGAUAUACUCCGUGCCCAAUUCCAACCUGCAAGACACCAAAACGUAAAGUCAAAAGAUUGCGUCCGUUUCCAUCUAAAUGGCUGGAAAUGCCAGCAGAAAUCAGAGAUCCAAUAGUUGCAGAAUUACAAUUAACUGAAGAAGUGAACAAAUGUUGUUCAGCAUGUUUUAAUAGAAUUAGCAGAAAAUUGAAUCCCCAGAUAACAGAACCAACAGAGCCUGCAGCUCCUGAAAGUACAGAAGGCAUUUUUGUUUUAGGUGACUCUGCCGAAUCAUCAAGGUGGACAGAAGAAGAUAUGGAAAAAGCAAAAAAAGGGCUAAGAGAACAUGGUCGUGAUUGGGCUGCCAUUGCUAACGUGGUUGGCACUAAGUCAGAGGCACAAUGUAAAAAUUUUUAUUUCAACUACAAGAAAAAGUUCAACCUGGAAGCAAUUCUGCAAGAGAGGACUAAGGAAGAAGAUAAUAGAACAGUUUCCAUCUGUGAAAGUAUAGCAUCCACAGUUACUGCCCCUGAUAUAGAUGAUGAACCACCAUCAAGUAUGGAUGAGGACGAUGAUGCUGAUUCUGACACAACAAGUGCACCAAGUCCAUCUUCACUCAGGAUUGAAGAUGAUACCAAGCCUGAAGAGAAAAUGGACACAACAGAAACACCAUUGGAGCAUCAAGAAACACCACCAUUUGGUUUACCACAGAACAACUUGACAACCAACAAACCUCUCAGUGCAUCCCAGGGAAGUCUACGCAGUGUUGACAAUGAUAGCAGCGCCACCUUGAGUGCAGAUGAGGCACCACAGUCUAGUGAGGCUCGUGAUACAUUCAGCCCACGUGUGUCGGGGAUACCAGCCGGUCGUGCUAACAUGCAUCCAGUACAGGGACCCACAGUUACAAGCAGUAUGACAUCUGGACCAGCUUCAACGAGUCCAAUUGUGUCAAGCUCUCCGUUCCCACAGACUCCCCAAGGUUAUCCUGUACCAGGACCUACAAUGGAGGCUAGUGCUACCAGCAGUCGAAGUGGUACUCCUGGAUCUGUGGGACAAGGGAGACCAGGGUCCGUACAUGUCUUGCAGAGUCCAGGGAGUCAGAUGAGGCCUGGGUCUGCACAGUCUGUUCACAGUCCUGCUCAAACACAUGGUAGAAGUCCUGGUAUGGCUGAAGCUGAAAGAAUGUCAAGACCUCCUAGUCAGGAAAUUCCUGUUAUAAAAGAAUCUCCUUCACCGAUGGGAAAUCAAGUAAAACCACAGGAGUUUGGUCAACCUAAAGGUAUGCAGCAUCUGUAUGAUCUACUAAGCAAAGCCAGCCGAGAGCAAAGCUCACCACAUAGACCAGCCAGUGCACAGUCAGAUUCUGGUCUUAUGCCCUAUGGUAUGGUUAGUGGCCGUAGAAGUCUAUCACCUAAUGUGCAUGCUCAAAAUAUGGCACAACAAAAUAUGAUGAAUGGGGGGAAGAUGGGUAAACCUGCCUGUGUACGAGAUCUCAUUCAUUCAGCCAUAGAAAGAAAUCUUGGCCAGACUAGUGAUCCUAAGCCUGAACCGAGACCACCAAUGCAAGAAAGACUGGUUGAUAAAAGACCAGCAUCUACUGAGCCAGCAUAUCACAGAGGUCAACAGUCAAUGAAUAGUCCUCUUGGUGUCUAUCACCAGGAUCUUCAUAAAGAUAAACAUGAGAUGUCUCCAUAUCAGCCUCGUCACACAGCCUCUCCAUAUGCUAAUAUACCUCAACAAAGAGUCCAAGAGAGGGAUCCAGCUGACAGACGUGAUAUGCCACAGGAUUUGUCACACAAAGGAUAUAGGGGUGACCCACGCGACUUUACACGUCCACAACAGCAGCCUGUUAUUGAUUAUAGACGACCUGAACCAGAGGUUGUUCAAAGAGUUCAGCAACAAGGAGCACCUCCACCAGCCCAUCAAGCUCACCAACGUCCAGUUUCUUAUCGAGAACAGCGAGAUCUGUCGGUACGCCCUCAAUCUGAAGGUCUAGGACAUAAAUCUCCAUCAGCAUAUCAGUCAGAACGACAUUCUCCAGCAGUAUCCAGGCGAAUGUCGCCAGGGUCAUCACCAUAUCCGCAAAUGCCCAACACUCCAGAAAUGCUACGCAGAGCCCAACAACAGCAAAGUAUAGGUCAUCCACCUCCUUUGGUCGGUAAAGGUCCAGCCAUGCAGAUGACUAAAUCUCCUCCAGUGAGUGGACAUCCACAGCAGAUGUUAACACAGGCCCAUGGAUCCAUAACACAAGGAACACCUUUAAGACCUGUAGGCCAUGGCCAGCAACAUUCUUCCAAUCUUCCACCUAGAGAAAUGAUGGCACAACCACAAGUUAGAAUGGCAGCUGGCUCUAUUACGACUGGUACCCCUGUUAAUCGAGAGGGAGGAGGAAAUAGGAUGCCAGAACCUGGUGGCCGUGUAUCACAGCCAGGAGGAAUUGUUUUUGAUCCCCGCGUAUAUGAUCCCAGACACAUGGAACAGAUGAGGGUUUACCCUGGAGGAUAUCCCUAUCAAGCAUUAGACCCAGCCAGCAGUAGUUCAAGACAAAUAAUGAUGAAUGAUUUCCAAACAGCACGUCAGAUGCAGCGCCUACCAGAGGAAAGAGAAGCACAGAUAUCACCACGAGCUAAGGAGCCUAUGCCACCCCAACAGAAACCUUACCCUGGUCAAAUAUUACAUCAAUUCCAGACUAGCCAGGGCAUGAUGUAUCUGCCUCAAGGACAGGUACCAACAUCUGAUAAAGGUCAACCAAGUCCACAUCACCUUGGUCGAGGUGGUCCUCCUCAAGAGGAAAAAUUGUCACCAGCAGGAUGGAAUUUAAGUAAAGCUCCUGUUGGGAACCCAAAUGUAAUGAGAAGUAUUACUCAAGGAACUGGAAAGCCUAGACCAUCAGUCAUAGCAGAGAGAAAGCAGGAGUCAUACCCUGCAGAUAGUUCAUCACAACCUAGAUCACAACCAGUAUCACCACGACAAUAUCCUGAUAGUCACUCAUAUCCACCCCAGGGCAUGUCUAGACCUAGAGAUCCAAACAUCAUGAACCAGGAGUAUCGUCAGAUGAUGGAAAGCAGAGAACGUAUAGAGCGUAUAGAGGCAGAAAAGAGGAGAAUAGCAGUGCUAGAGGAAAGAGAACGGGAAAGACAAGCUAAACUUAUGAUGGAAGAGAAGCUUAGAAAGGAAAACCAGGCGAGACAUGAAGCUAAGGAAGAGAAUGCUAUGCCUAGUGCUAAACCUGGGAGUCCAUGGAGCUCAUCAAAUAGGGCAUCACCUGCUUAUAACAAAAGUCAAAUCAAAGAAGCCACAGAUAUAUUAAAAGUUUUCAGGCAAGAUGCUUCUCCACCUACAACAUCUGGUCCAAUGUCCCGUCAUCAAGGACUGACUGCAGCCAAUCUCAUUGAUGCCAUUAUUGUUCAUCAGAUUAAUCAGGUAGAUGAGAACAGUAAUAAUAGUAGAGAUACUACAAGUAGAGAUACUACUAAUAUGGAGCGCAAAAAAGUGGAGACCCCACCAACUAUUACACCCUCACACAUGGAACAGUCAGGAUUACAAAAAUCACCAUUGCAAGUUCAUGGUAAGAAGAAAUGGAUUCAAGAACAUCCCCAGUCGAUGACAUCUACACCUCAAAGACCAACCCAACAGAAACCUACCACGACUGCAGAAUCUCAAAAGCAUGGUACAGCGUCUAGUGGUGGUGGUGCUAGUAGUGGACCUUUUGAACCUGUGACCCGACCUAUUUCAUCAGCCAAAACUCUCGGGGAACACAUCAAUUCUAUUAUUCUUAUGGACUACAACACAGAUAAGCCAACACCACCUAAAGACAGUGUACUCAGUCGGAUCAAUGGAUCUACCAAUUUACCAGUGACAUCUCCCAAUGUUCAUGUGGACACAACAUCACAUAUUCCCAGCGCCAGUCAAACAUCAUCACAAAUGGCUGACUCAUCAGACUCACCACGACCUCGUUCCUUUACUACUCCACAUCAAAUGAGGUGGAAGAAAGGUCAUAUUCCACAGGAAGGUGAACACAGUAGUGAUGGCUUACCACAGAAAGAUUUGGAUGUGGAUAGGAAACGACCUGAUCAAUCACAUUCUCCCAGAGUUCCUGUCGAUACAUCUGCUGGGAGUGUUGAAAGCAGCAGCGAAGCCCAGUCAACAAAAAUAUCUCCUCCAAGAUCUCCAAGGUCAAGGGCGGCUUCAAUACAUGUGACCUCCUCUGUAGCUGCUAGUCAUCAGCACAUCUCUAAUUUACUCUCCAAACCUAAACAAGAAGAAAGAUCAAAUGUUGGGUCACCUCAUUCUUCCGAGUGCUCCAAUGUAUCCUCAGAUAUUUCUACACUAGACUAUGUCAAAAACAAAAUUGCCGAGGUUUUGAGUGAGGAUAAUACAUCAGAUAAAUCACCGAAACCAAGUCUUCAGCAACAGCAGCCACCUUUAAUGCCAGGUCAACAGCGGCCCCAAUCAACCAACAUGCCAAUUCAUCAACGUAAUCAACCAAGUCAGAAAUUGCCAACGCCACAUGGGUUACAAGUACACCCGCAUAUGUCAUCAACAUCACGUUCUCAUUCACCAAUGGCUGCUCAGCCAAUUCAGCAGCAACCAGAGUCGUCACAGUAUCGACAGAGGGAAAUUGUGCAGUCUCAUCCAACGAGUACUUCUCAGCCGUCAGAGAGUUACCAACAGGAAGGAGAAUUCAGACAACAGGUUGGUUCUUCAACAUUCAACGAGGGAGCAGAAAGUUCAACCAAUCCUACAUCUUACCACACUGGCAAGAAAAGGUUCUUGGGCAGAUCUAGAGCUCGGCCAGAACAGGAGGAGACUAUGGGCAAGACACAAAAUGUUAGUAUGCCUAGGGAACAUCAAAAAGUGACACAAUCAACUGUAUCUGAAAUUCAGAAAGCUUCAAGUUCUGAGAAGAAAGGUCCAAGAUCUGAAUAUGAUUUUCCUGAUAGUCCAGAUGAUGAUAGGCCUAUUGUUAAAGGUGGUUAUAAGGGACUUUCUGGUAGCACCAGAAGCCCAAGCACUAGGAGUCCAAGACGUGGUGUUGUUGAUAGCUCAGAAAAUAGUCGCGGUUCUCAUUCAGAACAGGCAAGAUCAAAUGAAAGUCAGAUUCAAAGUUCUAGUGAUAUAACUGUGUCAGCUGACAGAAGUGAUUCACACGAUGUUUAUAAAUCAAGAGAGGGAGCUGUCGGUAGUUCUCACAUUAGUGCUGAUCAGAGUUCAAUGGAAGGCAGAUUUUCUCGAAAAUCUUCCAAACAUGAGGGUAUGGAAGUUGAGGAGAGUUCUAAUAUAUCCCAUCCAAGUGUUGACAGCACUCACUCUGAUAGAAUGGUUAUUGAAGAAUCGGGCACCAUUGACAGUUCAUCAAACAUUUCUUCACCAAGACCAGACCGACCUAAGUCUUCAAGGUCAUCGCGUGACAGUGACAACAGCCCAAGGAGUAGCUCAGAUAUCCAUGACGUAACAGAUCGUGUUUCACAAAGCAGGACACCAGACAGUGGUAUACUUCCAAUGUCUUAUGGACGAUCUAGGAGUCCACGUGGAGCUCCAGAAUCAUCACAUUUCAGUGCACCUGAUCAAGGAAGUCGACCACAUUCAAGUUCAGAUGUCAGUGGUAACAAUCAACCAGUGAGCUCAUCACAAAUGAGUAUGUCUUAUGGAUCAGGGAACCAGGUGGUAUCCAGUAUGUCACAUGAUUCAGAAAGGUCAUACUGGACUCAGGAACAAGCUCCUUUAUUGUUGGCAAAAUAUGAGACUUUAUCUGAUGAUGAUGAAUAAAUGUUGUUUUGCAAUGUCAAGGGCCCUAAUAAUGUAUUUACACUGUCUUGGUAUUGCCAUCUUUUUAUUUAAAUGUAUAAAAAGCAUUUUUAUGAAAAAUUGGUAGAAUCACCGGAGAAAGCAAUGUUUCACACCCGUCUUUCAUAUCUAUUACAUUAUUCACUAAAGUUUAUAAUCACAUAUCAUGGAAUUCAAUGGUAUGUUUAAGUGAAAAAAGCAUCAGUAAAAAUUAUAGACUGAAAUGUGAAAAUGUGGGAUUCAGCCAUUUUUACCUUCAGAGUAAAACAAUUCCAAAAGACUUUUUAUCCCUAACUUAAAAAAAAAAAAUGCAGUUUAGUUGAUUUUUGUUUUUAUAUUACUCAGUUGACUGUCAGUUUCAGUUACUGUGGAUUCAUUAGUAUUCGUGGGAUGCCAAUUUUUGUGGAUUUCGUGCAGGUGAACCAUGAAUUUAAACGUUCAACGAAUUACAAAUUUUUUCAAGGUUGUAUGCAGACUUUUGCAAGACCAACGAAAUCACGUAUCCACGAAAAGGCAAGUUUUCCGCAAUCCACGAAAAUUGGUUCCCACGAAAAUAAAUGAAAUCACAGUAUAAGUUCUUAUCAAAAAGCAAAAUUUCAUAUUUUAUGUCAGUUGCAUUUUAGUUGAUACAUUGCACUCCUUUCUUUGAAAAUCAUUGACAGUAUCAAAGCAGAGAUCCAGAAAGAAUGUACAUUAUUUUGGCCCAUAUAAUGAUUAUUUUUAGUUAGAUAAUAUUUUACUGCUUGCAUUCAUGUUUUUGUUUUGUUUUAUGACAUGAUUGUUUUAUCAAUGAGAUUUUAACUUAUUUUAGACACUAGUUUUUGAGACAACAGAAGUAUUUUGCAUAUAAAUUUAGGUAUACUUCAAGUUGAAGUCCAGUUAUAGGCUAGCUAAACAUUUUUAAACCAAACAAUAAGAGUUAAUGGAUUUUUAAAACCAUAGCUAUUUGAUUUUUAGUUCUUUGGAUUUAAGGAAGACCAAUAGAGGUUUGCAUAAUGGAUAUUAUUUAGGUGACUAUAUAAAAAAUUAACCUGAGUGACUCCUGAACACUUAGAUUUCAACACCUGACUUUUAUAUAAACAGUUUUUGAUUAAAUUAAAUAAGAUGCGAUCAUGUUCAAGAAAUUUGAUUGAUUUCAGCUGUAAAAAUGAUAAAUCAUAUCCUCUUUCAGUGCUAUUUUUUUGCUGCAAUACGAAAAUAAAUUAUUGUAAUAUACAGUAUGUACAGUGGUGAUCACAAACAAAUAUAUCACAAGGAUUUUUUUAGUGUUAAUUGUUUUAAAUGUUUCACUAAAUUGAGUCUCUACUGUUUUUCAAAUCAUAAAAUAUAAAUUCAUAACCAUAUUUUUGUUAAACAAAAUAUUGCUCUCUUCUGACAUAGGAUUUCAAAUGCAACAACAGACAUUUUCCUAAUCUUCAAAGUAUUGGAAAGGAAAUUAUUUUGUUGAAAUUCAGACUAGAACAAGAUUUGUUUUACAUGUCAACUUGCUUUGGAUUUUGGAGACUCAGUUUGGUGAAUUAAUUUUGUAUAUUGUUCGCUGGUAGAACAUUUUUGCUGUAUAUAUUUUUUUGUUAUAGAGAUAUUAUGGUAUUAUUAGUUGAUCACAUGACAUGAUGAUAGCCAAUAGUAGCUAUUAGCAACUGAUCACAUGACAUGAUGAUAGGCAAUAGUAGCUAUUACGAAUUUGUCACAUGAUAUGUUUGGUGAAUUGUAUAAUAAAUUUUACCAGUUGCUAUGGAAAUGAUUUUGUUUUUAAAAGUACAAAAGUGAAAUUUUUUUGUAUUCCAAAUUUAGCAUAGUUAAGCAUGUUUUUUGUUUAGAUAUUUUAAAUUAUGUUCAUGAUGUUAUGUCUAAAGUUUUGAGAAUUAAUCAUGUACUAACUUCUUUUCGGAAAAUUUAAGUGACUAUUGAAUUAGUGCUUGUUGAUGUGUGUGUUUCUUCAUGCACUUUGAAAUGUAUAUUAGAUUUUACCAGUUGCCAUGGAAAUGUUGUAAAGUACACAUUUGAAAGUCUUUAAAUAUUGGAAAUUUAGAUGAGCAGGGUUUUUUUUGUUUUUUUUUAAAUAAAAAAAAGAUGAUGUUAUGUCCAAAGUUAUGAGAAAAUUAUAAUGUACUAACUAUGCUUUUAAGGACAAUUUAAGUGACUAUUGAAUUAGUGUUGGUGAUGUUUGUGUGUUUAGUAAAAUGGAUAAUUUAAGUGACUAUUGAAUUAAUAGUACUUGUUGAUGUGUAUGUGUUUCUUCAUGCACAUUGAAAUGUGUAAUAAAUUUUACCAAUUCCUAUGGAAAGUACACAUUUGGAAGUCUUUUAAUAUUGGAAAUUAAGAUUAGCAGGUUUUUUUUUUUUUAAAAGAAGAUUACGUUAUGUCCAACAUUAUGAGAGAAUUAUUAUGUACUAACUAUGCUUUCAUGGACAAUUUAAGUGACUAGUGAAUUAGUGCUUGUUGAUUUGUGUUUCUCCAUGCAGUUGUUUAUUAUUUGACAUAUCCCAGACUGUGUGAUUUCAAUUUUAAUUCAGUGUGUAUUUUAAUACCUUUAUCAAAGUAAGUCAUUGUGGCCUACUUUUCAUGUUUACUGAAUAACGUUGAAGUUGGCAUCAGUUGUCUCGAGGAAGCAUGCUCACCUCGAAUGCUAGAGGUCAUAGGUUUAAUCAGGGACUUUGUCAACAAGAAGACUAUACUUGUUAAUUGUUGCUUCUCUAAUAAGAAUGCAGUAUUUAGAAGAAAGAAUAAAAAUUGGUAAGAACAGAACAUGAUAAUGUGUCCAGGUAGAGUGACAUGUUUUGAUUGUAAACUAUAGCUAGUGCAUUGAAAAUCUGCUCCACUUAAUUUUUUUUUUAGUAAAAUAAAGGUUCACUUUCAUAGUUUGAAUAUUUUCGACUUGAUACUAAACAUCCUUUAGGUACAGAAUAGUUUAUAUAAACUUGGCAUAUGGAUAUGGGUACGGGAUUGACAAUAUUUUUGCAAAACUACAAUAUAGAUAUUCAAUUUUAUACGGAAUCUGUUCUAUGGUAAAUGACUACGUAAAAUUUGAGAUUUCUACUCAUGUACAAAAUGUGAUAGUGAUGGAAAUGAUAUAUCCACAUUUUUUUUCCCACAAUUUUUAAUGUAAUUGAAGAUUACAGAUUGUCAGAAGUUUUAAUUAUGUGCUUCAUCAUUCAUGUCUAAAGGUAAAAUUUUUACCCAAAUUAUUUGCUUCUGAAAAGUUGAAAAACUGUUGCAGUAUAAAAGUAACAAAACUUUCUUGCCAUUAGUGUAAAUUUCAUUUGAAUAGAUUUUGCAUGAUUAUUGCAUGUUUACUUUAUAAAAAGGGAGACAAGGCGAUUAAAGGGAAUAUGGAUGGGGAAACCAUUUUUUACCAUGAAAAGUUUAAACACAAUUAUUUUGCAUGUUGUUGUUUUUUUUAUAUAAAUAAAAAUAGAAAGGUUGUUAUUAGAUUCAUAGAAUUGGGCUUAUGGAGCAAGACACUAGAGUUAUAUCACAAUUCAUGUAGAUUUUAUACGCAAUGUUUUUAAAGGGUACCAUUAACCUCAACAAAAAUCAUGUAUCUAAUUUUAUUCAUUUUCACUUUUUCUUUUCUCAACUGGUAUUGACAUGUAUAUUUAGCAGUCAUGUGAUGUUGAAAUAGAUCUGUCAUGUGAUCAAGAAUUGAACUGUCAUGUGAAUCAUGUGAUCAAAUUUACCAUGUAAAAUUUGUUGUAGCAUUUAUUUUCAAGCUGAAUAUUAAAUAAAUGUGAGUCAUA